AUUUUGCUGUGUUGGUUCACAACCAGGCUUACGACUCCGACACACACACGGUUACCGUAAGACUCUAACAUUUUGCAACCAGUUUUUUUAAGGUUUGUGACAGGAACUAAAUAGUCAACAUGAGGGAAUGUAUUUCUAUCCACGUUGGACAAGCUGGAGUACAGAUCGGCAACGCCUGCUGGGAGUUGUACUGUCUUGAGCACGGUAUCCAGCCUGAUGGCCAGAUGCCAAGUGACAAAACCAUCGGAGGUGGUGACGACUCCUUCAAUACCUUCUUCAGCGAGACCGGAGCUGGCAAACACGUUCCCCGUGCCGUGUUCGUCGACUUGGAACCAACUGUCAUCGAUGAAGUCCGUACCGGAACAUACCGUCAACUUUUCCACCCAGAACAGUUGAUUACCGGUAAGGAAGAUGCCGCCAACAACUAUGCCCGUGGUCACUACACCAUUGGAAAAGAAAUCAUCGACUUGGUUUUGGACAGAGUACGAAAAUUGGCUGACCAAUGUACCGGUCUUCAAGGUUUCCUCAUCUUCCACAGCUUUGGUGGUGGCACCGGAUCUGGUUUCGCUUCACUGUUGAUGGAACGUCUCUCCGUCGAUUAUGGAAAGAAAUCCAAGCUGGAGUUCGCCAUCUACCCAGCCCCACAAGUCUCCACCGCCGUCGUCGAACCAUACAACUCCAUCCUGACCACCCAUACCACCCUGGAACACUCUGACUGUGCUUUCAUGGUUGACAACGAAGCUAUCUACGAUAUCUGUCGCCGUAACCUCGACAUCGAACGUCCAACCUACACCAACUUGAACCGUCUUAUUGGUCAAAUCGUAUCCUCCAUCACCGCAUCUCUUCGCUUCGAUGGUGCCCUCAACGUCGACUUGACCGAGUUCCAGACCAACUUGGUACCCUACCCACGUAUCCACUUCCCCCUGGCCACAUACGCCCCAGUCAUCUCUGCCGAGAAAGCCUACCACGAGCAAUUGUCUGUCGCUGAGAUCACCAAUGCCUGUUUCGAGCCAGCCAACCAGAUGGUGAAAUGCGACCCACGUCACGGCAAAUACAUGGCCUGCUGCAUGUUGUACCGUGGUGAUGUUGUACCAAAGGACGUCAACGCCGCCAUCGCUACCAUCAAGACCAAGCGUACCAUCCAGUUUGUCGAUUGGUGUCCAACUGGUUUCAAGGUCGGUAUCAACUACCAACCACCAACCGUUGUUCCCGGUGGCGAUUUGGCUAAGGUACAGCGUGCCGUCUGCAUGUUGAGCAACACCACCGCCAUCGCUGAGGCCUGGGCUCGUCUCGACCACAAGUUCGACUUGAUGUACGCCAAGCGUGCUUUCGUCCACUGGUACGUCGGAGAAGGUAUGGAGGAGGGUGAAUUCUCUGAGGCUCGUGAGGAUUUGGCAGCUUUGGAGAAGGAUUACGAAGAGGUCGGUGUCGACUCCGUUGAAGGCGAAGGCGAGGAAGAAGGUGAAGAAUAUUAAACUGUACAAACAUUUGAACCACGUCACGAAUUGUCAUGGUAACAACAACAACCAACACAAAGUGAAUUUCCCGUAAGAUCUGUACAAUGUGUAAAUGUAAAAUAUCGUCUGGGACGAUAUAUUGUAAAUAAUGAGAAGAUAAAACAAAUUUCUUUGAAAUACA